AUGCCCCCCGCCACCCCGACCGCCGUCGCCACCGCGGCUAGCCCCACGCCGCGGGACAGCGGGCGCGGACACCCCCACCGCCUCCGCCGCCGCAGGCCGAGGAAGAGAAGGGCCGCGGGCGCCAAUGCGGGGGCUGGCGAGGGCUCCGACGAGAGCGCCCGCCCCGCCUGCCCGACCCCCGCCCGCAGGCGAGCUCCGGUGGAGGUUGAGUACGUGCCGGAGAAGCCUGGCCUCGGCGCCGACGACCCCCUCCUCCUCGGCGCCUUCGCGACCGUCUUCGAGAAAUUCGGCCUCACGGACCCCGAUGUCGCCACGCCCGCCAUGGUUUCCAGGGCCGCCUCUCCCCCCGCCCAGGGCGGGGAGAAUGAGAAGGAAGGCGUCGCAGAUGCCGCGAUGAACCAGGGGCCAGCUGUUGCUGAUGCUGAUGCCGAGCAGGUGGCCCAAAUUAAGGAGGAGGAAGCAGUUGUCUUGUCGAAGAAGCAGAAGAGGCAGCUGCGGAGGAUGAAUAUUGCAAUGCUGAAGCAGAUGUGCAGCAGGCCUGAUGUUGUUGAGGUCUGGGAUGGGAACGCCCCUGAUCCAAAGUUGCUCGUAUGCCUAAAGUCCUGCAGGAACACCGUGCCUGUUCUGAGACACUGGUGCCAGAAACGAAAGUACUUGCAGGGAAAGAGGGAUUUUCAAAAACAACCGUUCAAGCUUCCUGACUUCAUUGCUGCAACUGGAAUUGAAAAGAUAAGACAGAAGGAGAACAACAAGGCAUUGACACAGAAGCAACACAGACGGAUGCUGCCCAAGAGGGGGAAUAUGGAUAUUAGCUUGGAACUCAAACUUAAGGUAAUGAAACCAGGUGUGCUAUCCGAGGAGCUUAAAAAUGCUCUUGGUAUGCCUGAUGGUGCCCCGCCCCCAUGGGUUACCAGGAUGCAGUUCUUUGGUCCUCCACCCUCUUAUCCUUAUCUGAAGAACCCAGGUUUUAAUGCUCCAAUCUCUCGUGGAGACAAUUUGGAUGAUGUGCCGGAUGAGGAAGAACCUCGUGACCGCAGCAAACACUGGGGAGAUUUGGACGAAGAAGAGGAUGAAGAGGAAGAGGAGGAGGAACUAAUUAUUCAUGAGGAAAUACAGUCUAUUGACACCAUAUCAAGUACUCUGGCUUGUGUGGAAACACCUAUUGUUAUUGACCUUUGGAAGUUGAGCAAGGAGCCAGAUAACCAAGCAGAAAGGCCAUUAUACCAGGUUCUUGAACAAAAAGAAGUAAGGAUCACCCAUAGGGCGUUGUUCGCGUCGAGCCAUGCAUAUGUUUCCCUGGCCAAACCUACCGAGUACAUGCUGGUUGGAGCGCAAGAUACACCGUCAUCAUCAGGCGGCAAUUUCAGUGAUGGACCUCGGGAGUUGGGAAAGCUUCCAAUUGACGAGGGAGAACCUAUUGAUCGCAGCAAAUGCUGGGGAGAACUGAACGAAGAAGAAGAGGAAGAGGAGGAAUUGGAAGAUGGUAAAAUAGAAAAAGGCAUUCUAGAAGAAGAGGAGGAGGAGGAACUGGAAGAGGGGGAAGCAGAAGAAGGCACUCUGGAGGAGUUGGACGAGGAGGGGGAACUGGAAGAUGGGGAAAUAGAAGAAGCUACUCGGCAAGCAGAAGAGGAGGAGCUGGAAGAUGGGGAAAUGGUACAAGGUAUUCGGCAAGAAGAGGAGGGGGGACUGGAAGAUGGGGAAAUAGUGGAAGGCAUUCAGCAAGAAGAGGAGGAGGAACUGGAAGAGGGGGAAAUUGUAGAAGGCAUUCAGCAAGAGGAAGAGGGAGAGGAGGAACUGGAAGAGGGGCAAAUUGUACAAGGCAUUCGGCAAGCGGAAGAGGAGGAGGAGGAACUGGAAGAGGGGCAAAUAGUAGAAGGCAUUCGGCAAGAGGAAAGGCAGGAGGAGGAACUGGAAGAUGGGGAAAUAGUAGUAGUCAUUCGGUCUGGUGACACCAUCUCAAGCAGCACUCCAGCUGGUGCGGAAACACCUUAUGUUAUCGACCUUCAGAAGCCGUGGAGGAAGGAGCCCGAGAAGCAGGCAGAAAGGCCAUUAUACUGUUGGAACUAA